AUGCAAGGUCAAGGCAACGGCUCCAAUUCUUUCCCUUUCAGAAACUUUUACUCCAAUGGUGAUCUUGGAUCUGAUCAUCGUAAUGUGGUUCCUGAUGCUUUAGUUCAUGACGGAGACGAACAUACUUCCAUGAGAUGGAUUGGUCAACCCAAUUAUAGUCUUGAUACCCAAAAUCAUGUUGGCUUUAGUCAAUUCUUGGGCAAUGACUUUGGGCUUUCGCCUCUUGGUGAUCAGGUUGGUACGAACCAAAGGUCUGAGCCAACUUUUAACCCUUUUUUCGAAAAUAAUAGCGGUGUCACCGUUAAUGGUCACACCAGUAGUGAAAAUGGUUCGAUCGGCUCAUCGUUAUUUCUAGGGCGAGAGGCUGGUUCUGGUCUUCUACAACUACAACGUAACUUAGACCUGAAUGACGUGGUACAUGAAGGAAGCGGAGUCGAUGCAGGUCAGGGUAAUGGACCAUACUUAUCAUUAGACCUUUUUAGAGCUGGAACAAGAACAACGGAAGGAGAUCAUGAUCACAUUCAGACCUUUGAUGGUUCUUCUUCUAGCCCAGUCAUGAUUUCCUCAGGAAUAGCGGGAUAUAUUCUAGAAGAAAAUAUAAAUAGCGAUGGCCUUCCAGUCAAUGGUCAGACAAGGCUUUUAUGCAAAAGAAAGGCACCUGAAUAUGCUACUGGUGGUAGUGCAAGCUCCGCACGGCAAGCUGCCAAUUCUCACCAACUAGGGACUAAUAUUGCCCAACAUAAUGUCAGAAAUUGCUCAAGUGCAGUUAACCCCUUCAAUAGAAUUCAUUCAGGACAUGGGGCUGCUUUGCCAACACCCUCUAACUUCUAUCAAGUUCCAACAGAAGCUAGGCAAGCUGACAACUUUCAAAGAAAUACCCGUUUGAGAAGGACUGCAAGUCAACCGAUUCCCACAUCAGCAAACUUAGCACCAAUGCCAGUGCUAGCAAAUCCAGCCAUGCAACAACCAACUGUGCAAGUCUCCAACUCGUUACAAGCUCCACAACCUUCCCAAUAUUGGAACGGAACAACCGUGUCAUGGAUUGUUCCUUCUAUCUCUAUAUUGCGACAGGAAGACAACUUAAGAAACAACAGAAGACAUAUGAUGAUGUCUUUGGCGAACAUGCAAGAAAACCUCAACUUGGCCAAUGAGAAUUCAAACUUCAUUGAAAACGUUGCCUCCUCUUCCAGGAUCCAAUUCGGUCCUGGCAUGCAUCUAUCGUGUUCGUCCAUAAGGUCCCCUCAUCCAAAUAUGGUUGAACAAUACAGACAAAGUGUGCGAGAUAUUGCCAAUCCAUCUGAGUUCUGGUGGCAGGGGAAUCACUAUCCGAUACAUUUUGGUGUUUUCCUAGCUGUCCAAGACAUGGACAUUCCAGAGAGAGGUGGCAAUCCCAGGCCUACUCAGGUUCCUCUGAGGUUGGGACCAAGAGCUGAGAGACAAGUCGGUGAUAAUUCUGGACUCUCAUCAACGGUAUUAUCUCAAACUGCUGCUCAAAGUAGUAGACUGGUAUCUGAGGUUCGCAAUGCCUUGGGACUUGUAGGUGGGCAUGGUGGCUUACGACUUGAGGAACUACUGGACCUGGAGGAGCAAGUUGGGAACGUUUGCAUUGGGCUAAGCGAGGAAGCUAUUUUGGGGAAUCUGAGAAGGCGAAAAUAUCAAUCCUUAACAAUGGGACCUCUAAUAGAAACUGAACCCUGCUGUAUUUGUCAGGAGGAUUAUGCUAAUGGCGAAGAGCUUGGUCUGCUGGACUGUGGUCAUGACUUUCACUUCAAUUGCAUUAAGCAAUGGCUGGUGGAGAAGAAUUCAUGCCCCAUAUGCAGAAAGACAGCUUUGGCUAUUUAA